AUGUUUGUGAACCGUUACACCCAUAGUAUGCAGCCAUCUAGAAUAUUCCCUCUGAUGAUCGUUUUGUCUGUUUGCCAGGUGUACUAUGUGGACCAUGGCUUCUCUGUGGAAACCAGUGGGACUAAUCUGCUGGAUCUGCACCAGGACUUCCUCUCUCUGCCCUUCCAGGCUUUCAAUGUUCGACUCGCAGGUCUCGAGGCAUUUGGCUCCCACGCACUGGUGGUGUCUUCUGUGGAGAAGUUGGUAGUCGGAAAAAUUCUGCUGAUGGAAACAUUGGAGCCAUGUCAAGAGAAUGAGACGCCUGUGGCCGUGCUGUACGACACGUCUCAGGAUGAUGACAUCAACAUCAACUCUGCCUGCCGGAAGGCUCUCCAGGACGACACCAUGAAGAACCCUCUGACUGUAAAGGCUACCUAUCAGGAUGUGUGUGUCACAAGUGUGUGUGCAGAUGGUAUCAUCUACUGCCAGCUGCCCUCCAGAGGAACCGCACGACUCAACAAGUUAAUGGAAGAAACAGAGACCUUCUUCUUCUCCCAGUUUGCAAGCAGCACCAGCCUCAGGCAGCCAGAUGGAAAGCAGACAGAUUACCAGGUGGCCGAGUAG